AUGAAUGGACCAGGGAGUAAAUCCAGUGUUCAGCUGCGAAGGAAGCUAACUGCAAGUUAUUUAGGAAUAUCAAACGUGACAGUGAUUUCUUUUCGGGAAGAUGGAUUCAUUGAAGCUCAUUUCGUUGCUGAAAAUCCUGAUGGUAUAGGAGACAUGGCCGAUGUUGAAGACAAACUGGAACAUCUGCAGGAUGAAUACUUUCCGUUUGAAAUACAGAAACUGUUUAUUGAAACUCAGCCGGCUUUAACGAUUCAGAGGAUAGAAAUAUCAGAGAGCAUGCCCAUACUGGAAGGACAUCCAUUGCUGCUUGCUUGUAUUGUUCGCGGGGACUCAUCGACAAAAGUUGAAUGGCUCAGAGACGGAUUCCCUAUUGUAUUUCUAGUGGCUCAAGAGAGGAUAUGGAACAUAGCAAUUCCUCAGAAUUCCGCUGGUCAGCACACUUCUCUUUUAGGAUUUGAUACCAUAUAUCCUCUGGAUUCAGGUACAUUUUCCUGCCAUGCUCGUGACAAUCAAGGUGAAGAAAAGGUUUCUAUAUCUGUUUUAGUUCGAACCAUUUCUCAACCUCUGAUAAGUCCCUUAUCUGCAACUCUGCUGGCGGGGAGUACUGUCAACAUCACCUGCAUGUCGAAAGACGACAUUUUUGAGAACUUCAGAUACACCUGGUUAAAGAACAACAGACAUAUACAGAAAGGGAGAGAUAUGGAGGUAGUAGAAGACCUGUUUCCGACAGGAACUCGAAUCAUCUUGGAAAAAGCUACAACAUCCGCAAAUUAUACUUGCAUCGUGCAUGCGCCAUCUGUAUCAAAACGAGAAACCAGCUAUAUCACUGUAUUAAAUGCGAAAGAAAUGUCGUCUAGUACAUGCAGUGCAGAAGAUAGCCAUGGAGCACGUUGGAAAAUUACUGCUGCAGGAGCUAGAGAUGUACAGAAGUGUCCGAGUGGAUAUACAGGUUAUGUACAACGUUACUGUAUUGUGGGAAGCGAUCAUUCUAAUACUUGGGAGAAGCCGGAUUUUUCGAGAUGUAUUUCUCCUCCAAUUUUGGCUGUCAAAAAGCAGUUUGAUAGCCGGAAAUUCGGUUACAGAUCCCGUACUGUGAAUUUUCUGCUACGAAAAUUAUGGAAUUUUUUGUCUUUGAAGCAUCUUGUAAUCCAUCCUUCUGAAGGUGAACCCAUUGUUGAUAUUCUUUUCGAAGCUGAUAUAGAUUCAUUCAUAGAAAAUCAUGCAGAACAAAACUGGGUACUUGUUCUAAAUAUAUCAUCAGUCUUAUUAAACAGAACACUCGUGCAGAAGAAUUACGAAAAUGUAAAGCUUCAUCACGUAAUAACGAAUUUGACGUUGGCGUACGGUCAAGCAAGCUUACCUGAACCAUACUCUGCUAAUUACUUUUCUAGCAACCGUUUAUGUGUAGAAGUAUUGAAAAUCUCUUCGACAUUGCCAAAAAUCCUGCAUUUUCCACUGCAGCGUGAUAAUGACACAAGUUCCUGUUUCAGUUUUAUAGAUUAUGAUUUGACACUUCGGAAGAAGCAUGAUUUCAAUGGUUCAUCAUCAAUAACAAUCAUGUCUGUUUUAUACAAGAACUUUCCGUUCUCUUCAAAAGAAGGUAUCAUCUCAAACUUCCCCAAGGCAAAAUUCAAAUUCCAUAGUCCUGCAAUUUUUGUUGACUUUAGUUUUCAUGAUAACGAUGACGUCAGUAUAAAAGCAAAAAUUAUUUUCAACAAUCCACCUAAAAAGGAAAAUGCUGAAAAUGAUUUCACAUGCGUCAAGAUUUUAUUCGUGAAAAGAAACAUGGAACUGAAAUACUGCUAUGUAGUCAGUAGAAGCCUAAAUAAGGUAGUAUGCGAAUGUUUUGGAGUCGGACUUUUUGUUCUUAUGGAUAAUAAACAAUCGUAUUCAGAUGGAAUACCGUCUGGGUAUACAGAAACUGAAAAUUUUCUAUUAGUCUCAUGUGCGGUAUCUGGAGCUAUCGUUUUAUGCACAAUAUUCAGACUCAUUUAUAACCUCAGAGACGCAAGUAAUAGAUUUGCAGCAAUCAAAUUACAGACAUCUGCUUGUAUUGUAGUUCUCAAUAUUCUUUUUAUGCUUGGUAUACAGCUUUCUGCAUAUCAACAAUACCAUGCUAUUAUUUCCUGGAUGUUGCAGUUAUUCUUUCUUCCCGCAAUGGCUUUGCAACUAUCAGUCGUUAUCUUGGUCUUCAUCGAGUGCAGAAGCUUUCUUCCUGGCAUAAAUUUGGUUUAUUUGUCUGCACUUAUAGGAUGGGGCAUUCCAUUCCUUGUUACGGGAAAUACCUUCUUAAUAGUAUACAUGUAUGGCGAUUACGUGAAGAGAUCGUGGUGGCUGCAAUUCCAACAUACUGACUUUUACAUUUUUGUAUUCGCUUUGCUGCUUCUACUGAUAAUCCAGAGUGGCUUCAGUGUAGCACUGAAGCAGAAUCUAAGUAUAGUACAAGCGGAGGAUAAUCAGAAUCAUGCCAGCAAUUUCGAAGUGAAAUUAUUAGCUGUCCGUCAUUCAUGGUACAUAUUACUAAGCUUGACAUUUCUUGCUGUCACCAGUAUAAGUUUUGUAAACUGCAAAAUGACAUUUGUCGACUACCUGUUUUCAUCUUCAAAUUUGGUUCUGGGAUUGACGGUAGCUAUCUCGUACGUUUCUUGGAAACGUAAAGAUCCAUACAUGCUUGAACAAAGGCUGAGUUUUGACUGCCAUACUGAAAGUGCUGCUACUGCUAGUACAGUUGCUACAGCCGAACUUUGAUGCACAUGUUUCAGCAUUCUUCAUAUAAUUCUUGAAAUCGCACAUUUGCACCUACGAUCCAACAUUUAAUAAGAAUAUUUCAUCUUUCUGUGUCGAUCUGAGUUUCCUUAACGAACAAUUCAUCUGUUACAUCUCUAUGUGCCAAACAUUGUGAAAAUGGAUCCCUUUUAUUUCUAUUACAUUAUAUACAUUAUUGUAUCAUAUUAUUAUAUGCAUCUUUAUUUCUUGUGAUAUUUUGUCCUUAUUGACUUGUUGUGAAUUUUGUCAAUAAAAUGUUUAUCU